GCAGCUACCUUCGCGAUUGUCGGUGCAGCCUCGGGCCGCCGCAGGCUCCUGUGCCGCAUCGAGCCGGCCGGAGCAGCCAGACCAGGCCCGGGGUGCCGCUCGCCGUGAUCCCGUCGCCCGAUGUCCUCAAGAUGGAGGCAGCGGAGGCGACGGCGUGAAGAAAGCGGCGCCGUAGGCUAGGGUGCAGGGGUCGGGGCGGCCCGGGCGGAGGCGGUGGCGGGAUGGGGCUGCUGCUCAUGAUCCUGGCGUCGGCGGUGCUGGGUUCCUUCCUCACGCUCCUCGCCCAGUUCUUGCUGCUCUACCGCAAACAGCCGGAGCCCCCGCUAGAAGAGGCAGCCAGCUCGGGCGACGACUUCCGCUACAUCGAGCCGGUGCCGGGCCUGGCGCUGAGGGAGUACCUUUAUGGCGGAGGCGGGGGUGAGGAGCCCUCCGGCGGGUCCCCCGAGGGCGGCGCGACUCCGACCCCGGCCCCCGAGACCCCCGCCCCGCCGACGCGGGAGACCUGCUACUUCCUCAACGCCACCAUCCUGUUCCUGUUCCGGGAGCUGCGGGACACCGCGCUGGCCCGCCGCUGGGUCACCAAGAAGAUCAAGGUGGAAUUCGAGGAGCUGCUGCAGACCAAGACGGCCGGGCGCCUGCUGGAGGGGCUGAGCCUGCGGGACGUGUUCCUGGGCGAGGCUGUGCCCUUUAUCAAGACCGUCCGGCUCGUUCGACCGGUGGUGCCCUCGGCCAACGGGGAGCCCGACGGCCCCGAGGGGGAGGCGCUGCCCGCCACCUCCCCGGAGGAGCUGGCCUUCGAGGCGGAGAUGGAAUACAACGGGGGCUUCCACUUGGCCAUAGACGUGGACUUGGUCUUCGGCAAGUCCGCCUACCUGUUCGUCAAGCUGUCCCGGGUGGUGGGGAGGCUGCGUUUGGUCUUCACUCGUGUGCCCUUCACCCACUGGUUCUUCUCCUUCGUGGAGGACCCGCUGAUUGACUUCGAAGUGCGCUCCCAGUUUGAAGGACGACCCAUGCCCCAGCUCACCUCCAUCAUUGUCAACCAGCUCAAGAAAGUCAUCAAGCGCAAGCACACCCUUCCGAGUUACAAGAUCAGGUUUAAGCCAUUUUUUCCAUUCCAAACCUUGCACGGAUUUGAAGAAGAUGAAGAAGAACAUAUCCAUAUACAACAAUGGGCACUUACUGAAGGUCGCCUUAAAGUUACGUUGUUAGAAUGUAGCAGGUUACUCAUUUUUGGAUCCUAUGACAGAGAGGCAACUAUUCAUUGUACACUUGAGUUGAGCAGUGGUGUUUGGGAAGAAAAACAGCGAAGUUCUAUUAAGACGGUUGAAUUAAUAAAGGGGAAUUUACAAAGCGUUGGACUUACACUUCGCCUUGUCCAGUCAACUGACGGGUAUGCUGGGCAUGUCGUAAUUGAGACUGUGGCUCCAAACUCGCCUGCUGCAAUUGCAGACCUUCAACGGGGAGAUCGACUGAUUGCUAUUGGAGGUGUGAAAAUCACAUCUACGCUGCAAGUGUUGAGGCUUAUCAAGCAGGCUGGUGGCCGGGUGCUGGUUUUUUAUGAAAGGCCCGUUGGCCAGAGAAGUCAGGGUGCAGGGCUGCAAGAUAACUUUGGACAGUUGGAGGAAAACUUUCUGUCCAGUUCCUGCCAACCAAAUUAUGAAGAGGAAACAGCUGGGUUGGCAGCAGAUGCUGAAAAUAGAGACCUGGAUUCUGAAUUUGAAGACUUGGCAAGUGAUGUCAGAGUACAAAAUGAGUUCAGAGAUGAGGGCCAGGCAUUAAGUCACAGCCCCAAGCGUACUCCAACGACACUUUCUCUUAAGCCUGUUGGAACUGUAUCACCAGUUUUAAAUCGUAAAUUACUUGCAGGCAGUCACCCACCACCACCAAAACUUCCACCCAAAGAAGGAAAUAAACCCUCAGUCCUAAAACCUUCUGAUGCCACAGAUCCAGCACCAGUGUCAAAACCCACCCAGGGAUCCACUGUCAAACCACCCGUGCCACCACGGCCACAAGUCAAAGUUCCUCUGCCUUCUGCUGACGCCCCAAACCAGGCAGAACUAGAUGUUCUCACUGAGAAGCCAGAAAAGGUGCUGCCUCUUCCUCCUGCAGAUAAACCUGCUGAAAAGCAAGCGAAAAAUAUGGAUCACCUGGAAGAUGCAGCUGCAUCUAAGCCAUCUUUAGCAAAGCAAGAAUUUGCAAAAGAUUUUACUUCAGAAAGUUCCUGCCCUCCUAAGGACAGUUCGGAUGACCCUCAGACAUGGGAAUCAUCUGAAAUUCCAUAUCGUAAUAAGCUAGGAAAAUGGACAAGAACCAAAGCAACCUGUGUCUUUGACAUAGAAGCCUGCCACCAAUACUUAAACAUUGCACUGUGGUGCAGGGACCCUUUUAAGUUAGGGGGUCUCAUCUGUUUGGGUCACGUCAGCCUAAAGCUGGAAGAGGUGGCUCUAGGAUGCCUAGCCACAUCAAAUAUGGAAUACCUUUCAAAAUUCAGACUGGAAGCCCCGUCACCUAAGGCUAUGGUCACGAGAACCGCGCUGCGCAAUCUGAGUAUGCAAAAGGGAUUCAAUGACAAGUUUUGCUUCGGUGACAUUACUGUUCACUUCAAAUAUUUGAAAGAAGGCGAACCAGACCACCAUACAGUUACUAACUUAGAGAAAGAAAAAGAACUCCAUUUGGUUGAAGAGGUGUCUGCCCUGCCUAAAGAGGAGCACUUUGUUGGACAGAUGAGUCUAACAGAAAACAAACAUAGUUUCCAGGAUACUCAGUUCCAGAACCCAACUUGGUGUGAUUACUGUAAGAAAAAAGUCUGGACUAAAGCUGCUUCCCAGUGUAUGUUCUGUGCCUAUGUUUGCCAUAAAAAAUGUCAGGAAAAGUGUCUAGCCGAGACUCCUCUUUGUGGAGCAGCUGACAGGCGGAUAGACCAGAGCCUGAAAAACCUCAGGCUGGAAGGACAAGAAACUUUCUUAGGCCUGCCUCCUCGCGUUGAUGCCGAAGCUAGCAAGUCAGCCAAUAAAACAACAGGUUUGACGAGGCAUAUUAUCAACACUAGCUCUCGAUUGUUAAAUUUGCGUCAAGUCUCUAAAACUCGUCUUUCUGAACCAGGAACUGAUCUCGUAGAACCUUCACCAAAACACACGCCUAACACAUCUGACAAUGAAGGCAGUGACACAGAGGUCUGUGGCCCAAACAGUCCUUCUAAGCGGGGAAACAACGCAGGAAUAAAGUUAGUGAGAAAAGAGGGUGGUCUGGAUGACAGUGUGUUCAUUGCAGUUAAGGAAAUCGGUCGUGAUCUGUAUAGGGGUUUGCCUACAGAAGAAAGGAUCCAGAAACUAGAGUUCAUGCUGGAUAAACUACAGAAUGAAAUUGAUCAGGAGCUGGAACAUAAUAAUUCCCUUGUGAGAGAAGAGAAAGAGACAACUGAUACGAGGAAAAAAUCACUUCUUUCUGCUGCUUUGGCUAAAUCAGGUGAAAGACUACAAGCUCUAACCCUUCUUAUGAUCCAUUACAGAGCAGGCAUUGAAGAUAUUGAAUCUUUAGAAAGUCUGUCUUUAGACCAGCACUCCAAAAAAAUGAACAAGUACACAGAUGAUACAGAAGAAGACCUUGAUAAUGAAAUAACCCAACUGAUAGACUCUCAACCAUUCAGCAGCAUGUCAGAUGACUUAUUUGGCCCAUCUGAGUCUGUGUAACAGCCUAUUUAACUUACAAGUGAUAUGGGGAGAGUUGUACCUACAGUACCACAGAUACAACCAUGUUUAAGCCCUCUUAGAACGCACUUUGGCCUGCUUCUCCACAGUGAUUUGCUUGUGUAAGGACAAGAAUGAAAAAGGUGAUUUUCCGGCAAAAUCAUGACCAGCUCACUGAUUGGUUGUUUCUGAUUGCAUUGAUAGCUAUGCCUUUUGGGUUUAUACUGGGAAUUUAUUUUUACUAAUUUAUUUUUAACUUUUUCUAUUUAUGUCAUUAGGUAAGCUAACUUUUCGUGUUUAUGUGUGAUGUCUCAUUGUGUUAUUUUCCUUCCUUAGUUUGUGAAUUAGUGUUAAAUAAGAUACUGCCCAGACUCCUCAAAUAAUUUCAUUUCCAUCAUGGUUGUAACAACAGAUUUGCUGCAUGCCCAAAGUGACAAAAGCAAGCAUCAAGGAAACAGGUUUUGAAUCUUUGCGUGAUAAAGUUGUGUCUACUUGCUUGAUAUUUUGUUAUUUUGGGGUGUUUUUGUUUUGUUUUUGCCAAAUGUAACUCACACAAACGCAAUGCUGCAGCUCUAGACAGUUAUGCUGGCUUAGUAGAAAAAAAAAUACUGCCUGCUUCUGUGAAAUUUCUUUCUAGUUUUGGUGCAGUUUUAAUAAGAAUCUAAUGAUUAAUUUGAGGAGCUUAUACUGAAAAACAAAAUGGAAUUAGAGAAUGCAGUUUAUCAAGAAUUUCAUAGAGGAUAACUAGAUUACUAAAAAGAUGUAAUCAGUAGAAUUUUGAAAUAGAAUCUUUCAAAAUGUUGAUGUUUUCCUUUUAAAUGGAAGUUCUGAACAUUACAGUGAUCAUUCAUCUUAGUUCUCCCAAAGGAAAUAAAGCUUGUGCAAGGGUACAGUUCCAGAGGCCUGUUCUUAAAGUGCCCAUGUUGAUAACUGGUUUUGGCUUUUUUGAAAACAUUUUCAUGCAGGACAUUGUUGUGAAGGAGAAGAACAUGGCAAAUGGAUGUACUGCUUUGCCUGACAUCCUGCAAGCUUAAAGGAGUGGUGAUUGUUCUGAAUCCUUCUGUAUCUGACUAUCUUCACUGGUUAAAAAAAAAAUUUUUUUUGGUAGUAUAGUACAUAGGAAUUGGGACCAGUUCUGUGAAAAUGAAGAUUUACUCUGAUACUCAGUCCAUCUUGUGGAUCCCAGUAACACCUGACUGAGGGAAAUUAUGUAAGUGUGGCCUCUUUUAGUAUACUGUGCAAGUUUUGGCCUUGUGGAUGCCUAUAAGAUAGACGUGUAUGUUUUUUCCUAUUGUAGGUAACUGCUAUGAUAACUGAUACAUAGUAAAACUGACAUGAAUUUUAAACUAGUGGGAACAGCUUUCAUGGCUGGCAGGAAAAGGCACAGUAUAACAGUAAGGAUUCUGGCCCAGGUCUGUAACCAGGAUUCUACACAAGAGUGUUUUAAUUCAAGCUCUUUCCCUGGCCAUUAAUGAACUGUGUAGCCAUGGCCAAGCCACAGAAGGGCUUGUGUGCCAUCGUCUCCCCUGCUCUGAAGUAGGAAUAAACAAUACCUAUUCCUAACUACCUACCUACCUCACAGGACUGUGAGGAAAACAAUACCGCAGCUGUGAAAGUCCUCGGAAAAGUAAAAAGCUAUUCAACUAAAUCAAAGGACUUAACUGGGUGAUAACAGCAUAUUCUGAGGGUAGAAAAGUUAAUAGCCAAUUCUCAUUCCUAUUUUAUUAAGUGAAAUACUAGGAAACCAAAUACCUUUCCUGACCAAGUUUAUAACAAAUAUAUAUAUGUAUAUAUCCCCCUUUUUAUUAGUUAUUUAAGCAUGCUUUGCAUUUUAAAACAGACUGCUAUAGAAGUCUUUAUAUACCAGAUUCACUGAAAGCUAACAUAUUCUGUAACAUACGCUUGAAACAGUUUGCCCUUUGUAAUAACCAACUUUCAUAACUUACCAUUGAUAACCUGGAAGGCGGAAUGUCUGUAAGUGGCUGGUGUUAUGGAUUGUACCAUGGACGUUUUAGUGACAUCCAAGCGUGCUGCUGAAACUGAUGCAUUUGAAAGAGCUGUAGAAAUAAUGCAAAGCUUUGGUUUCAUAAAAAUCUACUCAUGUUUUUAAAGUAUUUAACUCUGUAGAACUACGAUGAUGGAAAACUCAGUAAUGCUGCUAAUAAUAUUUGUAAAAUAUACCUUCAAUGUAGUGCAAUAUUUUUAUAUAUACUGGGAGAGGCAGUAGAGGCGUCACAGUUGUGCUUUAGUGUGAGUGGGAAGCCCUCCAGUAGCCUAGGAGACUGAGGUACAGUGAGGCCUCAAUGGAAACAGCUGUAUUAUAUUACAUUCCUGAUGUAAUCCUGCUGCCAUGCUAUGUUAUCAAUAGCUUUAAAAUAAGAUGAAUAAAUAAAAACUACCACAGAAAACAAGAAUAUCUUCAUUUGAUGACAUCUGAAAAAGGUGUUUACUACAUUUCAUUGGGACUGUUACCUGGUAUAGUUUGGCCAUGCAAAUAAGCGUAACAAAGUCCACUUUUGCUAGCAAAAUCACUAUUUUGAAAAUUUUCUAAACAUUAAAUUUUGUUUUUACUGUUGUUUUAAGCUGUGAAAUAUAAGACUUAUAGAUUUGUGUCUAUCGUCUAUUAGCAGUUAGACUAUAUAGAGUGCUUUCUAUAUUGCUAUUUAGGUAAAUGGGCGGGUUAGACAAGCUGAGCAACAUGUUAUUGUUUUGGAAUCAGAAUGUGCUACAUUUCUUAAAAAUCAAGCCUGAUUUCUUCAAUAUCAGAACUAGUUAGAACAGAACUAGUGCAAACUACUAUGGGGACAUUUUGUGAUUUUGAGAGAAGAAAACAUAAGCUAAAAAUUUGAGGCUACUGUCAAGGUCUAAAUUUAAAUGUAUCAAUUUUUUUAAAAGACUGAACAUACUUGGCUCUUACUAAUAGUAAGGUAAUAAAAAUAGUAGUCUUAAGUUCCCUAAAAAUGAAUAAAUUUAAAAUCAUUUUAAUUUUAAGAAGUAUUUCUAAAUUCAGGUAAUAGCUUUCCUCUAAAAAGGAGGCUGAGGGAGGUUCUCCUUUAAGGUCUGAUUAACAUGUGGGCUCUAAUCCCUGAAAGAUGACACUCAUACACACCGUAAGUUUUUUGGAACUUCCAGGGGCCCUUCACUGUGUCAAAGGGCUGGAUAUUACAGUUUGUUUCAUCAGACAUAGUUAUUUGUUCACAACAGUCAGGAAAAUAAUUUUGAAGAUGCAAAAAUAACUUACUGGUUUUUUCCACAUUGACAUGUGUCUAGUUACAUAUUGCAAUUUAAAACAAAUUUUGCAAAGCCAUGAAGUACAGUUCAAACUGACCUGGAGUGGAUUUUACCUGAUGCCAGCAAGCAGAGAACAAUAUCUUUUAAUAUAAUAUUCACAGUCAAAACAGUACCUUCUGAUGUAUUUUACCCUAACAAUGUCUGGUUUAUAAAGGAAUACAGACAGGCACAGUAAUGUUCAGAAUGUUUAUUAACUAGCUAAAACAUGACAGAGGCAGAUACACUUAGCAGUCAGAAGGAAUUAAUACUCAUUGCUACCUCAUUCAAUUUUUUUAUCUGUUUUACCAGGUACAGACUUAAAACCCACCUCUGCUCAAGAAAAUGAAUGUUCAGAGAGCUGUAUGUUAUUUGCUCUAAUACACACAUUAAAGGAAAAAAGCCUAUCUUUUCACAGUCUUACUAACCCCAGAGUGUUAGUCAUAGAGGAGACCUUACAAUUACUGAUACCUUUUGCUCCCAAAACAGUUCUGAAAAACUUACAUCAUCUAUGAUGUUUUGUCUAGAGUUCAACAGCAGGCAUGCCUUUGCCAGUCAUUCCUGAAGACUGAAGCCUUAAAGGCAAAAAUAGGAAUAAAUUAUAUGGGGGGUGCGGGGAAAGCCACAAACCCUCUUAAGAGAAUGAGUUUGUAGCAUGUUAUUUUUUAAGGCUUUCCCCUGUGAAGGUAGAGAACAAUCCCACCUUUUUACCUUAGCCAUACAAGAGCACUCCAGAGCCACCUUUCAAAGUACUGGGCUUGGGCAAGUUGCCCAGUGCAAAUAACUUGAGUAGGAAGCUUCUUGCUUCUAACACCCUGCACUUGAAAUCCAGGGUGCAAAUCAUUCAAAGCCCCACAGAAAAGCGUCAUAAGGCAAAUAGAAAAGAAGUAUUAGCUACUGCUAGAAAAUAAGGAGGUGAGGAGUCCUUAUUCUAAAGUUCUUUGCUCCUUGUCCAAGUUAACAGAAACACAAUUUUGCUGAAGAACUGACAUGAGAUACUUUUUGUUUAUGAUUACAGAUCACAAGUAGUAUUUCAGACAUUCUGCACUAUCUUCACACUCCAUAUCUCAUACAAAGCUUGAUAAAAACCGACAAAGUUCACUAACACAGUAUUUGCUGUUAAAUUAAAAGGCACAUCAAUAUUGUCAUGAUGGGAAAAACUACAUUGCACAGCAAGAGACAGAGUAGCAGAAGUUUUUAGGUAUUUGGUUUUUUUCCUGCCUCAAAGGGGUGUGUCCUGACCACCCUGUUAUUUUCACCUGUUAUUCCUAACAUGAUUCAAGACAAUUUUGUUCCUUCAUCUUUUAAAAUGUGUUUUCACAUUGAUGUGAACUUUUAACAGAGGUCUAUGAAAUAAUAGUUUCAGACGACUCAAAACAGAUACCUAAAAAAUCACUCGGAUGCCCUCCAGACAGGUCAAAGAUAACAAGUCUGAUUUUUUACUUCAUAAGAGCUCUUCACCUCUUAAAUUUCAUUUCUAAAACUCAAACUAGAUGUUGAUAUAUCUUAUGCUUAAACCUUGACAAGUAUAAGGUACAUCUAUCCCCAGUUUCUUUCUUCCAGUAAGACAAGUAUAUAUUUCAUAGGCAAAGCUAGUUGUUCAUAACCAUACGUUUGGGUGCUUUUCUCUGCUUUCAGAACAUUUACUGUUUUUUCACUUACUGGCUUUACUGCUUGCUGCCAACCACAGGACAGGUAAACAUAAUUUUUAACCAUCUGUUUCCAGGUAGGUGGACAUGAAGAUGACAUAGAAAACUAAUGCUAGCUAAGAUUUACAGAUAAAUUCAAAAGAGUGACUCAAGUCCUUGUCCUCUGCAUUUGAAAUAACUAGCUUUUAAAUCAUAAAUAUAUUGAUAAUAAUUACAAGUUAAAUAACAGUGUCACUACAAAAUAUAUGCUGUCUAAUUUGAUUCUGUUUUUCAGACUUCCUUCUAGUUUUUCUCAUGGUUGGAAGUGCCUUGGAUAUAACGUGUGCUUUAGUUUUAAACACUCAUUACCAAUCUUCAGAAAAAAUACAAGACUCUUUUGCCCAAGUGUUCAUGAAUGUAAGUUUAAAAAUUAUAUUUCAU